GCGGCUCGCGCCCUGCUCCACUACAACAUCCGGCAUCCGCUGGGCAACGACUACCAUACGUGGCGCGGAGAAGGCCCAGAGGUCAAGAGGCCGGCGUGUCAGCCGCUGCAGGCCUGCAUCGCGUUUCCCGGUGUACUGCGGUAACAAACAAACCACCUUGAUGACUGUGUUAUUAAUAUGGCGCAUCGGAUAUUUCAAUGAUUUAUAGUGGUUCUUUCACUGAACAAUUCCUUGAGAAUGUAUUUAUUUUUAUGCAAUAGCAAUGUGUCGAAGACUGGUCAUUUCCACCGGAAACUGCAUGAUCACUUUACCCACGCUCGGUAAGUACCGCAACUCAAGCUUUUGCCUCCAUCUACCAGAUUCCAAAUCUGGUAGAUUCUUUAGUUACUAGAUUUCGUUGUCUGAGCUGGACGCUUUUUCCUUUCGCCCCGCAGCAAGGUGCUGCGGUGGCCUUUGAUGUGAUGUAUAUAUGUGAGAGAGAUAAAGUGUGCAGUGUGUUGGCGUUCAGUUUCCGUUUCUGUUCGCGCACAGGGGUGAACCAGCCGUUCAUCCCCUGUUAGACUGGCUUCGCACAGAGUCUAGUUUACCAAACAAUUCAGACUGCUGCUCAAAUGUUUCAAACAACGCGCGCGAUAUCCGGCCACGGAAAGGCCGUAUGCGAUAGCGAACACCGCGAAUUUGAAGCCGGUGUACCCUGAAUUUAAUUUAAUAAUGUCAGUUAAAAUGCGUCGAGUGCGACCCAUCCCGUAGAUGUGGUCAACCGACUCAACAGCGUAAGCCGGAAUCCUGUUCUUUCCGGGACGCUUGACGGCGAUGGAUGUAAGCUGGUCAGUGGAGCUAAACUUCCUUGAAGCGAGUGGUCAGUGUGAAAACGGUACGCGGUGACGAAGCGGACUGCAUGUCUCUGUGACUCUUGUUUUUAUAUUAACUUUGUUGUUGAAUAUGUGUAUAGGGCAUAACAAUAGGUAGUAUACUGUACAGAUAUAUAGAGACACAUGUUAAUCUCGGCCAACCGGUGUCCGGAAUGUUGAUCGCCGUCCGGAAUCCUCAUCCUCGGCUGCGAGCUGCCCAUCAGCCGUAGCCAGGUCUAAAAUCCCAUGCUAGACUGUCAUCCAAGCCGGAAUUGGGCCGAAAUUAAAUUAACAACAAAUUGCAACUGCUACAUUAAUUACUACUUCCGGUACUUCCGGUACUCAAUUCUGAUACUUCCGGUUGCCUGCAGCAUUCGUGUUGGCCACUGCAUGUGAACAGAUUCGGGACGUGCUUUACACGAUUAUUGGUGCUGUGUACGCCGCUGGCAAUGCAGUAUCCAACACAAACUGUGGCGAUGCCGGUAUCGUGAACAGGAGCGCUCUUCACGACAAUUAUUCAACGUCUUGAUGAUUAUACACUGGUAAUAAGAGCGUGAUGAUGGCGGGAUCGAAUGUGCUGACGCUGGUGUUCGACUCCAACGUGCUGAUGAAAGCCGAGGGCCUGGAGCUGUUCCGGGAGCUGGCCGGACAGCAGAACGGCAGCCUGCCGGCAUCCGUCGUCCUCAUGGUGCCGCACAUCGUGCUGAUGGAGCUGCAGUACCACACCGGCGGCAGCCAAGAGACCAUCCGUGCUGCCCGCGACGCCUACAAUUACCUCACGGCAUCGGGGCGUUCGGCGAGUGUACGCAUCCAGAGCCAGUAUCAUUCGAAGGAACUGGAAAACGCCUUCUACCCGGACAAUGGACCGGCCCCGGACCGGGUCCGCAUCCCGGACCGAACCCGAGCCGCGGACCAGAGUCGGCGCUACGGCUCCAAGAACGACGGCCUGGUUCUGCUGCUGUGCCUGGAACUAUACCACAGCGCCGCAGGUGAAGUCUGGCUAAUCAGCAAUGAUCAUGAUCGGCAGUUGAGCGCACGGUGUGUGCGCAGCGGCUUAUUCUGUCUGGCGCUCAACGGGCUGAAAGAGGCGCGCACGCUGCAGCCGUAUAAUAUCCGGCGGCCGUUGGGCGACGACUACCAUGCGUGGCGGGGGGAAGGGCCGAAGGUCAGGAAGCCGGCGUGCCAGCCGCUGCAGGCCAGCAUCGCCUUCCCCGGCGCCGGCAGCAUCCGCUUCACGGCGUCCGACCCGGCAAAGCGGGCGGACGCCUACCGGCGCAUUGUGGAGGCGCGGAUGGCGGCCCAGUUGCAUGGCCGGACGGCAGAGGGUGAUGCCGAUACGGUGGAGAGGGAGCCGGCGUGCCAGCAGUGCGGAUGCGGCAUCAGCGCCUGGCAUCGGGUGGAGCGCGAGCAGGAUUUGCGGUGGUACGGCAUCCAGCUGUUUCUUGCCGGCCUGCUCAUUGGCUUCGUCGGCUUCUUGUGUUUGGCGAUUAGUAUUGCGACGGGAAGCAGCAAGCCACGAUGAUGUUGUAAAUCAUGGAUGUUAUAGGCAGUUUUACGAUAUAGUGCGUGGUUUUCGUUUUCCUAAUCCGAAUUUCUCAUAUUGAUGGUGAAGGCUCCUCAUGCCACUUUUGACUGUGCAAGCCACCAUUCGCUUUGUUUCUAAAUUUUAAUUAUUCUUAGGCUGUGUAUUCCGUAACGCGCAAGCUUGUCCCGAAAUUUCUGUCGAUAUCGUAUUAAAAG